ACUGUUGCUACCACGCACUGUUGCACAAUUGUGCAAGAGUUCCGGAUUCGACGGGAAGCCGUUGCCGCUAUCGAGCAGCACCUGCAGACUGCAGACUGCAGUGCCAAGCGUCGCAGCGAAUACGCGUACGUAGCAGGAGCAGCCGCUACAUAACUACAUGCCACAGGGAUGUACUGCGCCCAUCCAUGGCGUACCGUAUACUUGGCGGCCUGCGCUAACUUUCCAGUACCAGGUCCCGACCGAGGGCGGCACCAUGGUUGGCAAAGCACUCCAUGGCCCCCGUCAGCUCCACGAGUCCAAGCUUCUGCGUUCAUAUUGAGCUGCUGCACGUGAUGCGGCGCAUCCUCGAGUUGGCGUCAAUGCACCCCGACGCCGUCACGCUCCUCGACGCCCGCCUGGCCCCCGACAUGUUCCCGCUGGGCGCCCAGAUCCGCGUCGCCACGCACUAACCCGUGCCCCAGAUCCGCGUCGCCACGCACUACCCCGUGGCCC